GUGGCUUAGUGACUUUUAAAGAAAACAUAAUGUUUGGCCUCCUGCUCAUGGGUUGUGCGAGCAGGUUGACUCUGCGCGACUCCUGUGUCUGUCGGUGCGCUCGGUUCGGGAAAUGAGCAGCAAGCCACACACGGAUUAUUCCUACCUAGCAGGUUCUAAAACUCCGUUAUCUCCAUCGCCCAAGCCCCUUUAAGGCUGCCCGAGACCGGGCUUCUCCCCCUAACAGGGCUCGCCAGAUAUGUCUGCCUCGGGGAAUGACAAUCGCUCCUGACGAUCAGGAGGGUGGAAGAAGCCGCUAAAGUCCCACUAAUGGUUUUGCUUUUAGUUCUGUUGGCAAACUCCCCUUCAUUCAAGCUCCCGGCGCUCUGGAGCCAGGUCUAAUUAGAAGAGUCCCAGGUUCACCCUUCUCGCGGAGAAAACGCAUUAAUCAUGGAUGAAACCGCAGGAAGGGUGCCGGGAGCUCAGGGGAAGAUGAAGCCCUUCCGAAAAUGCUGGAGAGCCUCCGAAGCGGAAGAGGCAAACUAGAUCUGACCGCGGCCCGAAGGGGAGGAGGUAGAAACCAGGGACCUACACCGAGUACAGUUGACUUGGUUGGAGGCCUCAGCUAAGUGCAUAAAUGACGCUCCCUGAACAUCCAAGCAGACAUAAGCAAAGUGUUCAGUAUGACACAGCAAAGCCUCGAGCCACGGCAAUGGACGGAAAGGGCGGAAAGCCUCCAGCCGCCCGGGACAGAAUCUGAACAGGGCACAGGCAGCACGAGAGUGUGCGCGCGCGCUGGGGGUGGGGUCGCGCCAAAGAAUCCGAGUUAGUGGUGGAAGGGGAGUGGUCAGUUUUUGGAGAGUCGUGCACCGGGAAUUGCGGACUCGGUGACCUGCGGCCCACCCAGGAAACAGCAGGUGUCUACCCUGCUGCGAGCUUAUCCUCAACUUCCUAGCGGCUCCUCUUGGGCUGCUGCAAGAGUCAGGGUUGAAUUGCGAACCGACCCCGGGAAGGGCGGGGCGCAGGGCCGCAGAGGGGUGGUGCAGGUGGGCGGGCCGCGCCUGGGUGAGAAGGCUGGGCCUAUAAAGUGCUCUCGGCCCAAGGGGCUAUGCUGCUCGUCGGAGCGGGUGCUACGUGGGCUUGGGGCUGAUCGCUGCUCGGGUCUGCAGGUCCCUGAGUCUCCGAGAGAGGAGGAGAGUGCCUGCCUCCGUUUACCCCGCAGCUCAGCCGGCGAGCGCGCCCGCCCCAAGGAACCCCAGGCAGCGCCCCGGAAAGGCCAUUCCGCCCCGCGAGGGAAACGGAGCCGUUGACCAUGGUUGCAACUGGCAGUUUGAGCAGUAAGAACCCGGGCAGCAUUUCAGAGUUGCUGGACCAUGGCUUCCACCCGGGGAGCCUGCUGAACGAUUUUGACUACUGGGAUUAUGCUGUUCCUGAACCCAACCUCAAUGAGGUGAUAUUUGAGGAGACGACUUGCCAGAGUCUGGUUAAAAUGCUGGAAAACUGUCUGUCCAAAUCAAAGCAAACCAAACUUGGUUGCUCAAGAGUCCUUGUCCCUGAGAAACUGACCCAGAGAAUCGCUCAAGAUGUCCUGCGGCUUUCCUCCACGGAGCCCUGUGGCCUGCGAGGCUGUGUUAUGCACGUGAACUUGGAAAUUGAAAACGUAUGUAAAAAGCUGGAUAAGAUUGUGUGUGAUUCGAGCGUGGUGCCCACUUUUGAGCUCACACUUGUCUUUAAGCAGGAGAACUGCUCAUGGACUAGCUUCAGGGACUUUUUCUUCAGCCGAGGUCGCUUCUCAUCUGGCCUCAGGCGGACUCUGAUCCUGAGUUCAGGAUUCCGCCUCGUUAAGAAAAAGCUUUACUCCUUGAUUGGAACAACAGUCAUUGAGGAGUGCUGAGGAGGAAACAUUUUAAAGGCCCUUCUUACAAUUGGAUAAUAAAACUGCGCAGCUGCCCCCUGAGAGUCAUUUGUAGUCACCCUGCCUGCUCUCAACGAGAAACCCCACACUGAGUCAUCUCCCUUCCAUGCCUCCACGUUGACAGCAACCCAACUAAAAAGCUGAUUGAUUUCAUGGCCUUUGAGAAGGGACCCGAGAAAGCGUACAUUCUCUGCCUGUAUCACAUGUUUUCACAAAAUGGCAUGGAAUAAAAGAAGCAAUCCACUUUAGUUUUCCGUGUGACCUCGCUUUUUCCAGGUAGUCUUGCUAAAGAGACUGUAAACCAACUGUGCCUAGUUUGAUUUUCAUAUGGCUUUUUUUUCUAUAUGUUUCCACAGCGAUCCUUUCAGUCACAGAAACUUAAUGAUGCUUAGCCUGUCAAAACUUCCAGCGGCCCACACCAGUUUCCUGCCCCGACUCAAAUAUGAAGGGUGCCUAGACUGGAGGGUAGAAUGUAGUGGGCGAACUUAAUUAAAAGUUAACCCCGUGCAGGAGUGAAGAGGCAGUGUCACAUCAAGAACAGAGCUCCUUCCGUUUCUUUGCAUCCUGUCUGUGCUUCUUUUUCUAAGAGGCAGCGAAAGUGCGUAUUGUCAUUUCAGUCACCACGGUGUUGUUUUAGAUAUGGUACGCGACAGGCUCCCUUUUUCUAGUGCUCAAGUAUUGACCGUUAUUUUUCAACUCGAAAAGUGGAAAGUGUUGAACUGAUUUUUUUGGCAUCUAGUUGAUUACUCCUCCACUGGUGAAUGUGUAUGGGGCCAGGAAGUGAGUUCCCAGAUCCACUUCCUUUAUCAUUUGCUUGAUAAUGUAGCUUCUUUUCAUUAUUACGUAUGCUUAACCUCAGACGAAGCCUCUCACUGUGUCGGUGUUAUCUGGCGCUGGCUUCUCCUGGGAACCGAAGUGUCUCUCCUUAACCUGAAUCUUCAAAGGAGAUACGUACAUGCUACCACUUUUCAUUAUCGAGAUGAGCCUAUUAAGUCCGCUUUGUCUUUGGAUAUCUGCUUUAUAGUACGGACUAGAGAAUGAAAAUCAUGGUCUAGCUAACCAGGUUUCUUCAGCCUUGGAUACCCGUCCCUGGAGAACAAGAAAGACCUGGUUUUUUUCUUAUUCCAACGUGCUAGAUCACUAGCCAUCCUUGUUUAAUCGUAGAGUGUAGCCUCCCCACUGUGGUAUUCAAUUCAGCAAGACCCUCACAUUUUUGCCCGAAGUCACCUAUAAGGAGUUUAUUCAGGUCUCCCGCCCAAAUUAUUAGUGCUGCUUUACAUAACUGAGGCCAGGCUCUCGUAGGGACAAAUGUCUUCAUCCUGGCGUUACUCAAAAGCAGGCGCGGCUGAUCCCAUAAGUGACCUAAAACUUAACUAUUCAAAUCAGCAAGCGGUCUAACAAAUCAAACUCUUCCUGUUUGGAAAGAUACCGCAAAGCUGAUCUUUAUAGGACUGGGCCAAGAUAAGUCAACCUUGUUUGCAUGUCUGUUAUUGUUUAGGGCUGCAAAGGUCACUGUGAUUCCUUGCGCAUGGCUUCUCGGGUGUGGAUGUAGAACCGCUGUCCUUCUUCCACUAACAGUUGUCAUUUGUCAUUGACUCGUGUCUUUUGUGCUCAUAAAAUGGUUGAUGGCUUAUGGAGAGUCUGAAAUUAAUAUUCCUGUUCAAGGAAAUUAAAGUUUGUCUAUUUUUGACAAUAAAGCUUCAUAUAUUUUUAA